UUUUUUAUUGUCAAUUCAUAAACAACGUUACAAAUUUCAAAGGUCUAUGUUUAUUUGAAUUUGACACGUGUACUCUUUUUAACACAUUUCCAUUUUCUUUUGACUAAUCUAAAUUCGUUAACAAUGUCAGGCGGUAAAAUAUAUAAAUUCAUCGAUACUUUACAAAAAAGAUUACAACAAUGGAAUUUUCAAAAUUCGAAAAAAGGCAUCAUAUUUGGCUAUACAUCAGCUUUGCAAAAUAACUGUUGUUAUUGUAUGGGUUGUACAGAGAAUUUAAAUGAUAUUCCAUUCGGAAAUAAUUUAAUUGGAGCCUAUUUUCUUGAAUCAUUUGAUGAAGAUUCGAUUGUCGUUUUCUGCAAUGAGCUUAGUAAAAACAAAACAUCUGGUAAACUUUUGGUUUAUAAUUACAAUGAAAACAUUGAAAAAAUUUCAUUGUUUGAUAUAAAAUCAAAAAAAUUAAUCGAUUAUACUAUUGAAAUUGUCGAUCAUCAAGUAGCUUUGGAGCCAUUAAUACAAAUAAAAUUGGAUGUAAAUUUCAAACUUAAUAUUUCCUUUGAAGAUUCGAUUCCAACCACUAAUAUAUCUUCUAUCAUUGAACAAUUAAAUAGUUGGAUUUUUCGUCUUGAUAUGUCUUCAUUUAAAAUAAAUGGAAAAGAAGAAAAUUUGAAUGGAAUUUGUAUUGAAGAUCUUUAUAAUCAAAUUGAACAAUUUGAAGAAUUACAAGAUUUACAAAUACCGACAAAUAUGAAGAAGAAAAUGAUCGAAAAAUCUCAACGACAAUUACGUAGCCGAAAAAGUAUUCUGCAAUUUAAAUUGGAUAAUAAUAUCGAAAAAUCUGAUAGCCCUGAAAAAUUUGAAGAAAAUCAAAAAUAUGAUUUCAUUUUCAACUUGAAGAUGUUUUACUUGUUACAGCUGCAGAAUAAUUUACAACAAUUGUAUAAGAUAUUUAUAAAUUCUUUGACCAAAAUGUUAACAUUGAUGCAAAAAUAUUUUGAUGACAAUCCAGAAAAGAAAUGUCCAUUACAAAUUCCUCGAGUGGUCAAUUUUUAUGAACCAAACAUUUACACUCACAUUAUCACCAUUCUUUAUCACGAUUUGGAUUCAAUCGAAAUAUACAAGGAUCAACGAAAAUCAUUACAUCUUAAAUAUUUAGUGCCAAUGUCGAGACCGACAUUUAAAUUGGCCAAUGCCAUUGGACGUGAUUUUUCUGGAAAAAAAUUAAUGAACGUCCAUGUUGGACUACAAUCCAGCAUUAAAAAUGGUCAAUGUUAUAUAGUUAAAGGAAAAUAUUCUUACCAUCAUUACAAUCAAGAUCAUAUGGAUGAUUCUGGCUGGGGCUGUGCAUAUCGAUCAUUGCAGACUAUUAUUUCUUGGUUUCAAAUACAAGGCUAUAUUGAUAUCGAAACAGUGCCUACUCAUAAAGAAAUUCAACAGGCUUUAAUUGAUGUCGGUGAUAAACCACCAAACUUUUUAGGUUCAUCCAAGUGGAUAGGUUCUCAGGAAGUAUGCUAUGUUUUGAGCCAUUUGUAUGAUAUACAAUCAAAGAUUAUUUUUAUCAAUUCUGCAACCGAAUUAUUGGAUAAGGCUAGAGAUUUGAUUAAACAUUUUUCCACUAAUGGAACACCAAUAAUGAUUGGUGGUGGUGUAUUGGCACAUACUAUUAUUGGUGUCGAUUUUAAUGAAGCUACUGGUGAUGUAAAAUAUUUGGUUCUUGAUCCUCAUUAUAUAGGUGAUGAAAAUCUAAAUAACAUACACAAAAAGGGUGGCUGUGCUUGGAAACCGGUAACAUUCUGGGAUAAAAAUUCAUUCUAUAAUCUUUGUUUGCCACAGGUGUCAGAAGAUUUUUAAUGAAAUUUUUUUAAUGGAUUAUAUUCUA